AUGUGUAACAAACACGCUUUCUGUUCAACGUGUUUAGAAAGCCGCCCUAACGUCCGUUCAUCCAUUCAUCUUCUUCGCUCAACUGCUCAACUCACAGCUUUCCCCUUUGCACCAUCAUCUACGCUAACUCACACCUUCAUCUUCCCUCGAUCUUCUUGCCUUCUCUCUUUCUCUCUCGUUACUAAUCUACAGCUAAUCACAUUCCAGGCUCUUUGGGAAAGUGAGAUCUCAUCUAAUUCUUCACCUGAAAUAGAUGGAGAACCAGGAUGAAAUCCCAGUGGAACCAGAAACGGAAUCCUCAACAUUCAUCUCUGCUUAUGAAGCUGAUGAUUGGUCCAAUUAUAAGGACAGUGAUGUUAUGCUACAACAAUCUGCAAUAUUUGAAGAGGAUGCAGCCAAGUCUCCGUUUGUUGGUGAUAAGGAACCUCUCUCUUCAUUGGAAGCUGAGUAUAAGUCUGGAAGCCCCAUUUUACUGGAGAAAAUUAAGGUGCUGAGUGAACAAUAUGCUGCCAUCAGAAGAACACGUGGAGAUGGGAACUGUUUCUUUCGGAGCUUCAUGUUCUCUUACCUUGAACAUAUUCUGGAAUCACAAGACAUAGCUGAGGUUGAGCGCAUUAAAACAAAUGUAGAAAAAUGCAAAAAGACUCUUCAGGGCUUAGGCUAUGCUGAUUUUACAUUUGAAGAUUUUUUCGCAUUGUUCAUUGAGCAGCUUGAAAGUGUUGUUACAGGGAAUGAAGCUCCUAUAAGUCAUGAUGAGCUCAUAGUUAGAAGUCGCGAUCAGUCAGUAUCCGAUUAUGUUGUGAUGUUUUUCAGAUUCGUGACCUCUGGAGAAAUAAGAAAACGUUCGGAAUUUUUCGAACCAUUCAUAUUCGGUUUAGCAAACUUAACCGUGGAACAGUUUUGCAAGACAUCAGUGGAACCAAUGGGUGAAGAAAGCGACCACGUCCACAUUACAGCAUUGUCCGACGCGUUGGGGGUACCGAUUCGUGUUGUGUAUCUUGAUCGUAGCUCUUGUGACACCGGGGGCAUAAGCGUAAAUCACCAUGAUUUUGUUCCAGCCUCUGAUGACAAUGACACAUCAUCAAGUGCUGCAGGGGGCUCUGACACAAACUCAAACCCAAUCCCGUUCAUUGUCUUGUUGUACCGACCGGGUCAUUAUGACAUACUGUACAGAAAGUGAAACUCUCGUGUAUUCUGGUAAUAAUAAUAGGGCGUGGAUGAAGAGCUGAAGGGGAGUUGGGAGUUAGGGUUUGAAAACGUUUUUUUUUUUUUUUUUUUUUUUCAUUUUGUAAGUGAAUACAAGGUGUUAAUGUUUUCUUGAUGAGAUAAACGAACGUGUUU